UUGCGAACAGAUCCGCCAGACGAGGAAAUUUUCAAACACAUCAUCGCUCUAUUCUGUAACUCUUGACGGGACUCGAUGAGUUACAGUAGAGCCGCUGCGACCGUCUUUAUCCUCUCUUGCCGAGCUGACUCCCCCUACCUCCUCCUCCGCUUGCAGGAUUGUAUAAAGAACAAAAUUCGGACUUGAGAGGGGGGUUGAUGCGCUGAAGCUGAAAUCGAGUGGCGAACCCAGGAAAGAGGAGUAUUUGUACAUGGGACUUUCCCCCCCUUCGUCCCUAAAAAGGAGGGGGAAAUGUCAUAUUUUUAAAAGCGAUAUUUUUAAAAUCGAGGAUUACGCAUAGGCUCAGCCGCCUAUCUCCGAGGAUAUAUAUUUUAAAUCGUUAAAAAUAUGGCCGAGAACGUUCUGGAUUCUGGCCCGCCUUCAGCGAAGAGGCCUAAACUGUCUUCCCCGGGUCUCUCUGCCUCAGUCAGCGAUGGAAACGAUUUUUGCUCGCUUUUUGACCUGGAGCAUGACCUUCCAGAUGAGCUGAUCAGUUCCUCUGAGCUGAGCCUAGCAAAUGGAGGGGACCUCGGCCAGUUGCAUGGCAAUUUGGGUAGUGGGGGCGGAGCCAUUGGAGGAGCUGUGUCCAGUGGCCAGGAUGCAGCGGCCAAACACAAGCAGCUCUCUGAACUCCUCCGGCAUGGAUCCGCAUCUGCAGCACAGCAGCAGGGUGCGAUGGGUAGCCCACCAGGAGCCUCAAUGGGGCUUUUCGGGAAUAUGAAGGCUUCACCAGGUACUCAGGGCAUGGGCCCGCAAGGGCAGCAACGUCUUUCCCCGCAACAGGCCACGCUUAUGCAACAGCAGCAAAUGGCAGGGAUGGUGGGCAACAUGAACAGGAAUAUGCUCGGACCUCAGAAAGGCAACGGUCAGCAGCAAGCAGGAGGGCCUGUGCCUCAGCAGCAAAACAUGCUGGGAGCGCAGAUUAUGAACGGAUCACCCAGGAUAGGACAUCACAACCCAGGCAUGGGCAGCAGCAGUAAUAACCUGUUAGCAGAGGCUCUUCAGCAGCACCAGACAGUAGGAGGUCAGGGUGGACUGAGGGCCCAGCAGCCUGGAGCAAUGAACAAGAUGGGGAUGAAUGCAGCUUCAGGCCCCUAUGGUGGCCCGUAUGGUCAGUCUGCCAGUCAGGGUCUGGGUGUUGCAGGGCUGGCCCCUCAGCUCCAGAACAAACCAGGUCUCCCCAACAGUGCGGUCCAGUUUAACCUCGACAAGAAGCCUGUGCAGGGCAUACCUGGCAUGCAGGCUUCCCAGCCUUCCCCAGUGGGUGCUGGUGGAGGCGCAGGAGUGGCCGGCAUGGGGCCUAACGCCCAAGGAACUCUCGGGCCCGGAUCAGCUCCAUCAGCUGUGUCUGCAACAGCAGUGGGAGGAGUUCCUCCAGCUGCGGACCUGGAAAAGCGCAAACUCAUACAGCAGCAGCUGGUGCUUUUGCUCCAUGCUCACAAGUGCCAGCGGAGGGAGCAGGCCAACGGGGAAGUAAGGCAGUGUAGCCUGCCCCACUGUCGCACCAUGAAGAACGUCCUCAACCACAUGACGCACUGCCAGGCUGGCAAAUCGUGCCAAGUGGCACACUGUGCCUCAUCCAGACAGAUAAUCUCUCACUGGAAGAACUGCACGCGGCAUGACUGUCCAGUCUGCCUACCGCUGAAAAACGCUGGAGACAAGAGGAAUCAGCAGAGUGAGUCUCUCCUAGGCUCUGUGGGUGUGGGGUUAAGUUCUUCUAUGGGUAAUGUAACUGGUGGUCCACCCAGUGCCCCUCAUCUCAGUUCCCCGGGCCAGAUAGACCCCAGUUCCAUAGAGAGGGCAUACGCAGCCCUGGGCCUCACAUACCAGGGAAACCAGGCUCCCCCUCAGCCUGUCCAGCAAACACAACGGGCAAUGAACACAAUGGGAGCAAAUCCCAUGGGAGAAAACGGAGCAGUGGGUGGUCAGUCUCAGAAUCAGCAAUCUAACCUUCUCCAGGAAACCAUGUUGCAUCUGAAUAUGAGCUCGCAGAGUCUGAUGAAUGACAAUGCUGUGGGUGGUGUGGGGUCGAUGCCUCUGGCCAACCCAGCUGCCAGUGGUGGCAUGAGGAAGAACUGGCAUGAGGACAUCACCCAGGAUCUACGGAACCACCUGGUGCACAAACUAGUCCAGGCCAUUUUUCCCACUCCGGAUCCUGCUGCCCUGAAGGACCGGCGGAUGGAAAAUCUAGUGGCCUAUGCGCGUAAAGUUGAAGGGGAUAUGUAUGAUUCUGCUAACAGCAGGGCCGAGUAUUAUCACCUGCUGGCGGAGAAGAUUUAUAAAAUCCAGAAGGAACUGGAAGAGAAGCGAAGGACACGGUUACAGAAGCAGGGCAUGAUGCCUACACAGCCUGGUAUGUCCCCCACUGGGAUGCAGCAAGGGCCCACUGGGAUUGGUCAGACAGGGUCACCCACUGGACUGCCUUCUAAUGGCCCUCCCUCGGAUCCUUCAGUGGUGCGGCCUAUUGGUCAAAACCAGAUGUUGAACAGGAUGCAGAAUGCUACCGGCAUGAACCCAUUUGGGAACCAUAUGGGAAUGCAGUCCAUGGGCAAGAGAUCUACACCACCUCUUCCAAACAGCACACCUCUUAACCAGGGAAGCAUGGGGAGUGUGAGGAUGCCACAACCGAAUGUUGCACAGAUGCAAAAUCAGUACAUGCAAACUGGACCAUUUCAAGGUUCAAAUCCUGUUCUUGGGGCUGGAUCUGUUGAUAUGGCACACCCAGGAAAUAUCAGCCCUGUCACUCAACAGGAGCAAAUGCCUACUUUAUCAUCUUUACCAAUGGGCAGUCCUUUAGCCCAGCCGGGGUCUGUUGGUGGGGCAGGCAGCGGGUCCUCAGUCGGUUCUCUGGGUCCCAACAGCAUGAGUCGGGUUCCUCCAUCGUCCACCCCAACGCAGUCAAUCAACCUCCCCCAAUGCUCACCCUUCCACCAGAAUUCUCCUUCCCCAGCUCAUAGCCGCACACCCACGCCCACGCCGGGCUCCCAGACACCCCAGCCUCACACACCCAACCUACCCCAGUUAGCCACGAGCGGCAGUCAACAGCAGUUACCUCUGUCUGCCAGUUCUGACAAUGCCAUGCAGCCUCAGCAGCAGUCAUUAGGAGGAACUCCUCCUCCUGUGUCUCAUAGUGGCCUCUCUACGCCAAAUGCCAGCCAGCAUCCCCGUACUCCAUUGUCUCAUAAGGGUUCUGUACCAGUAGAUGACCAGGCAGCUACCCCUGCCUCCGUCAGCAGUGCAGACACAUCAUUUAAGCAGGGUCCUUCAGACUCCACAGACACCCUUGAGCCUAAGAUGGAGGUCAAGCAGAAAGUAGAAGAGGAUGAGGAUGAAGAAGGCAUGGCCGGAGGUAAAACUGGAAAACAAGAAAAUAUUAAAUCUGAGGAAAAGCCUGAGAUAAAGAAAGAGGAGCCGGGUGAUGGUGUGCCAAUGGAGACUAAUUCCACUGCAACUAGGCUGGACAAAAAGCCAGAGAUAAAGACUGAGCCUAAAGAAGAGGAGGGUUCAGGGUCUACAGCAAACCACAGUUCACCUUCUGGAGUCCCUAACAAAAAGAAAAUUUUUAAGCCAGAGGAGCUGAGGCAGGCCCUGAUGCCCACACUGGAGUCUCUUUACCGCCAAGACCCCGAGUCUCUGCCCUUCCGCCAGCCUGUGAACCCUUCACUUCUGGGAAUACCAGACUAUUUUGACAUAGUGAAGAAUCCCAUGGACUUGUCUACUAUCAAACGGAAGCUCGACACGGGCCAGUACCAAGAACCAUGGCAGUAUGUGGAUGACAUCUGGCUCAUGUUCAACAACGCCUGGCUGUACAACCGCAAGACAUCACGUGUCUACAAGUGCUGCUCCAAGCUGGCGGAGGUGUUUGAGCAGGAGAUCGACCCAGUCAUGCAGAGCCUUGGCUACUGUUGUGGGAGGAAGUAUGAAUUUUCUCCCCAAACUCUGUGCUGCUAUGGGAAGCAGCUAUGCACUAUACCACGAGAUGCUGCUUACUUUAGUUAUCAGAACAGUUCACCAAAAUAUGGGCUUCUUGCUGGCAGGUAUCACUUCUGUGAAAAGUGUUUCAAUGAGAUCCAGGGAGAGAGUGUGUCUUUGGGAGAUGACCCAUCCCAACCUCAAACAUCGAUAAACAAGGAUCAGUUUGAAAAGAAGAAAAAUGACAUGCUCGACCCUGAGCUAUUUGUGGAAUGUAUGGAUUGUGGUCGUAAGAUGCAUCAGCUCUGUGUUUUGCACCAUGACACUAUAUGGCCAUCAGGCUUUGUGUGUGAAGGCUGUUUGAAGAAGUCCAACAAGACCCGUAAAGAAAAUAAAUAUGCUUCAAAAAGGCUUCCACAGACCAAACUAAGCAUCUACUUGGAAACGCGGGUUAAUGACUUUCUGAAGCGACAUAAUCACCCAGAAUCUGGUGAAGUCACUAUUCGUGUUGUUCAUGUCUCAGACAAAGUGGUGGAAGUCAAACCAGGCAUGAAGUCUAGGUUUGUGGAUAGUGGAGAGAUGGCAGAGUCUUUCCCUUACCGAACGAAAGCUUUAUUUGCAUUUGAGGAGGUUGAUGGUGUUGAUGUCUGUUUUUUUGGGAUGCACGUGCAAGAGUAUGGCUCAGAUUGUCCACCCCCUAAUCAAAGACGGGUUUACAUAUCCUACCUGGACAGUGUCCACUUCUUUCAGCCACGCAGUCUGAGAACUAGUGUGUACCAUGAGAUUAUUUUAGGAUAUCUGGACUAUGCCAAAAAACAAGGUUUUACCACAGGACACAUCUGGGCCUGCCCUCCUAGUGAAGGAGAUGAUUACAUCUUCCACUGUCACCCUCCAGACCAGAAGAUACCCAAGCCGAAGCGGCUGCAGGAGUGGUAUAAGAAGAUGCUAGAUAGAGCUGUAGCAGAGCGCAUUGUCCAUGACUACAAGGACAUCUUCAAACAGGCAACAGAGGAUCGUCUUACUAGCGCCAAAGAACUGCCAUAUUUUGA